AUGGAGACACGGAGCAAGAGCUGCCUGAUAACCCUGAAAGAUUUAGCACCAACCCCUGUGUGCUGGGAGCGGAUGGGUUCACUGCAGGCAAACAUUACUGGGAAGCAGAAGUGCUGGAUGGAGGUGGUUGGGACAUAG